AGGUGCGCUAGGGCGACCAAGUUUGGCUCCAGCGAGCGCGCGCGCGGCUUCGCGUCCUGCGUCUAGAGAGGAGGGGGACUGUCCUCUCACCGGCUGCGCUUGGACCCCGGCCCUCGGGGCCCCCCAAGACCAGUCACCCCCUCUCCUGGACCCGGUGCGGCUGGGCGCGCCGGAGCCGGGCAGUGAGCCCAGCCAUGCUGGAGAGCGACGUCGGCCUCGAGGGGCUGUCCCCCAAGGAAGACCCCGCGGCCGAGGCCGCCGGGGCCGUGGAUGGGGAGGGCGCGCCGCCCGGCGGUCCCGGCGCACAGGCAGCCGCGAUGAGGGUCAACGAGAAGUACUCGACGCUCCCGGCCGAGGACCGCAGCGUCCACAUCAUCAACAUCUGCGCCAUCGAGGACAUCGGCUACCUGCCUUCCGAGGGCACGUUGCUGAACUCGCUGUCCGUGGACCCUGACGCCAAGUGCAAGUAUGGGCUGUACUUUAGGGACGGCAAACGCAAGGUGGACUACGUGCUCGUGUACCAUCACAAGAGGCCCUCGGGCAGCAGGACUCUGGCCAGGAGAUCCCAGUCCCAGGACUCCAGGCUGUCCGCCCGCAGCGGCAGGCAGGACCAGCCCCUGCCCGGGCUGGGGAGCCCAGAGGGCGCGGACGGGCCAGAGUCUCCACAAGACUUCCACGAGGAUGACAAGCGCUUCCGCCGGGCGGAGUACGAAGGGAACCUCCUGGAGGCGGGCCUGGAGCUGGAGUGCGACGAGGAUACGAAGAUCCACGGGGUGGGAUUCGUGAAGAUCCACGCGCCCUGGAACGUGCUGUGCAGGGAGGCGGAGUUCCUGAAGCUGAAGAUGCCGACCAAGAAGCUGUAUCGCAUGAACGAGGCCCGGGGCCUGCUGAAAAAGAUCAACUCCGUGGUCCAGAAAAUCACGGCCCCCAUCCAGCCCAGGGUGGCGGAGCACAGGCCGCAGUCGGUGAAGAGGCUGUUCUACGCCUUCUCCAGGGAGAAGCAGCACCUCUUUGACCUGUCUGACAAGGACUCCUUCUUCGACAGCAAAACCCGGAGCACAAUAGUCUACGAGAUCCUGAAGAGAACCACGUGCACCAAAGCCAAGUACAGCAUGGGGCAAGGAGAGGGAAGAAAGAAGGACUCUGCCCUUUUAAGUAAGAGGCGAAAAUGUGGUAAAUACGGCAUCACGAGCCUGCUGGCCAACGGUGUCUACUUGGCGGCCUACCCGCUACACGACGGCGACUACCGAGGCGAGAACGUGGAGUUCAACGACAGGAAGCUCCUGUACGAAGAGUGGGCGAGCUACAGGGUCUUCUACAAGUACCAGCCCAUCGACCUGGUCAGGAAGUACUUCGGGGAGAAGAUCGGCCUGUACUUCGCCUGGCUGGGCGUGUACACCCAGAUGCUCAUCCCAGCCUCCGUGGUCGGUGUCAUUGUCUUCCUGUACGGAUGCGCCACCGUGGACGACAACAUCCCCAGCAAGGAGAUGUGCGACCAGUCCCAGAACAUCACCAUGUGCCCGCUGUGCGACAAGACCUGCAGCUACUGGAAGAUGAGCUCGGCCUGCGCCACGGCCCGGGCCAGCCACCUCUUCGACAACCCGGCCACCGUCUUCUUCUCCAUCUUCAUGGCCCUCUGGGCCGCCACCUUCAUGGAGCACUGGAAACGGAAGCAGAUGCGGCUCAACUACCGCUGGGACCUCACCAGCUUCGAGGAGGAGGAGGAGGCGGUGAAGGGCCAUCCCAGAGCCGAGUACGAAGCCCGGGUUCUGCAGAAGUCGCUGAGAAAGGAGUCCAAGGACAAAAAGAAGCACCGGAAUGCUCCGGAGGAGUCAACCAACAAAUGGAAGCAGAGGGUUAAGACCGCCAUGGCGGGGGUGAAACUGACCGACAAGGUGAAGCUGACCUGGAAAGACCGCUUCCCGGCCUACCUCAUCAACCUGGUGUCCAUUAUCUUCAUGAUAGCGGUGACCUUCGCCAUCGUCCUCGGCGUCAUCAUCUACAGAAUCUCCACGGCCGCCGCCCUAGCCAUGAACUCCUCCCCGUCCGUGCGGUCCAACAUCCGGGUCACGGUCACAGCCACCGCGGUCAUCAUCAACCUGGUGGUCAUCAUCCUCCUGGACGAGGUGUACGGCUGCAUAGCCCGGUGGCUCACCAAGAUCGAGGUCCCCAAGACUGAGAAGAACUUCGAGGAGAGGCUGAUCUUCAAGGCUUUCCUGCUGAAGUUCGUCAACUCCUACACCCCGAUCUUCUACGUGGCCUUCUUCAAAGGCCGGUUCGUGGGACGCCCCGGGGACUACGUCUACAUUUUCCAGUCCUUCCGCAUGGAAGAGUGCGCCCCAGGGGGCUGCCUGAUGGAGCUCUGCAUCCAGCUCAGCAUCAUCAUGCUGGGCAAGCAGCUCAUCCAGAACAACCUGUUCGAGAUCGGCAUCCCGAAGAUGAAGAAGCUCAUCCGCUCGCUGAGGCUGCGGCAGCAGAGCCCGUCGGACGAGCACGCGAAGCGGGAGCAGCGGUACGAGGUGGACUUCACGCUGGAGCCGUUCGCGGGCCUCACGCCCGAGUACAUGGAGAUGAUCAUCCAGUUCGGCUUCGUCACCCUGUUCGUGGCGUCCUUCCCCCUGGCCCCGCUGUUCGCGCUGCUGAACAACAUCAUCGAGAUCCGCCUGGACGCCAAGAAGUUCAUCACCGAGCUGCGCCGGCCGGUGGCCGUCAGAGCCAAGGACAUCGGGAUCUGGUACAACAUCCUCCGAGGCGUGGGGAAGCUCGCCGUCAUCAUCAACGCGUUCGUGAUCUCCUUCACGUCCGACUUCAUCCCCCGCCUGGUGUACCUGUACAUGUACAGCAAGAACGGGACCAUGCACGGCUUCGUCAACCACACCCUGUCCUCCUUCAACGUCAGCGACUUCCAGGAGGGCACGGCGCCCAACGACCCGCUGGACCUGGGCUACGAGGUGCACAUCUGCAGGUACAAGGAUUACCGUGAGCCCCCAUGGUCGGAACACAAGUACGACAUCUCCAAGGACUUCUGGGCCGUCCUGGCGGCACGGCUGGCCUUCGUCAUUGUCUUCCAGAACCUGGUCAUGUUCAUGAGCGACUUCGUGGACUGGGUCAUCCCUGACAUCCCCAAGGACAUCAGCCAGCAGGUCCACAAGGAGAAGGUGCUGAUGGUGGAGCUGUUCAUGCGGGAGGAGCAGGGCAAGCAGCAGCUCCUGGACACGUGGAUGGAGAGGGACUCAGCCAAGGAUGAGCCGCUCAACAACCACAGCCCCAGAGCUGGCCUGGCCAGCCCCGAGCACCACACGGGCGCCGUGUAGCGGCGCCCUGACCGACCAGCCGACCGAAGGACGGACACCUCUCCCGGGCAGGCGGCGCCCGCCCCCUCCACACCCGGUGGCUCCUGGGUUUGCAGCAAACCUUGAAGACCACCUUCUGAUAGGACAACCUUUUUUAUUUUUAUUUUUUUGGUCUUUCCUCUGUUCCCCCCCCCCCCCAUGUUUUUUGCACAAAACCAUUAUGCAGGGAAUUUUUUAUCUUUACUUUUCAAGGUUAAUCAGAAUGAUCGCUGGGGAUGGGGUGGCGACACAUGGCAGGGGCGGGACUUGGCAGAGGCAGCUCUGGGAACCCUGGGUCUCCUCUGCGGGGACCGGCGAGCAGGGCCACCCUCUCGGGUCCUCCUGGCGCCCAACCGAUGCCACCGGCAUUCGGGGGCCCUGGGUGCGCACUUGUGCGACGGGAGGGAGGCCGGAGAGGCUGGGGAGGCCCGAGCCGCCGGAGACCAGCCCCCAGAGGCCUCGCCUGCCUCUGGGUCAGAGAAGCGGGCCACCUUUCACCCUCUUCUCCGAGGGUUUUGGGCCAACCAGUUCCUCUGGUCACAAGGAGAGAACGCCUGGCCGUCAGAGAGCAUGGGAGCGGCGCCUGUGGGGUCCCCGCCACCGGCCACACCCCUCCCCACCGCAGUGAGCUGACCACCCCAUUGCUGGGGUUCCUCGGGGGGCAAAGCCAGGCUGACAGUGAGGGGUCCCCCGGGGGCCCUUCCAGGGAAGACAGGGGUUUCCAGGAGCCUUGGGCGUCCGGGGUACACUUGCAGCUCUAGGAUAUUUAUUGAGUCGUCUUUUUAAAUCAAUUUUACGGUGGAUUUGAGGGUUGGUUUUUGUUUUUUUUUCUCUCUUUCUGUAGCUCAAAGGUGGAAGGAACGUCUCAUUUUUUUUUUUUUUUUUUUUUAGUUAACCAAAUACCACUGAGAGGAACUUAAAAUCCUGUUACUACCAAAGAUUUUUAUUAAUAAAGGCUUCUAUUUUGGUAACUCUUCUCUAUAUUUUUACUUACAGGAACGUUACUGUUGGACAAU